AUGUUAUUUGUAUCUAAUAUAUAUAUAUAUAUAUUUGUUGAUGCGGUUCUUCGGCAACAGAUAAUUAAGAGAAGAGGAGAAAGAGACUAGUACUAAAAGUAGAACCGUCACAGAUAGGAAAUCUUUGGGGGGAAGAACUAGGUGACUCGAGACACGUUUUUAAGUGGUUCGAAUGUUAAAAUCCUUCUACUCCACUAGUCAAUAUUAUUGAUAUUCUCUGGGUAAUUGGUUUACAAAGCAUAUAGUUCUUCAAAGACUAUUUUUUCCAACCCCUAUCAACUCCCAGGGUCUCCAUAUUUAUAGGAGAAGGCACCUGGAAGUUGGUAGGGAGGUCAUCCCGUGACCUUACCAUUUGUCAUAUCAAGUCUGUGAUAUUCAUGAUUAAUUCCUAAACCUGACACACAAGUGUGGUCUAAUAAGUAUGGAAGGAGAUAUUGGGCCGCACGGCCCAACUCGUCCGUGGGUGUCUGAAUACGCACGUUCCUGAUGCGUGUCCGAGAAGUCAGGGGGAUAUCGGACACGUGAUGGCAGGAAUAUGCACGUUUAGCUUGCGUGUUGACUUCCCAUAGGGUCGGAGCUUCCUGAGAAGCUCGCUACCGGAGCAGUUCAUAGCCCGGGCUUAUCCGUCCGUGGCCGUUGGAUGUUGUUCCCAGCUCCUGGGGCAACAAGUGCGAGCUGGAAACAGGACCCCCUCGAGCUAGAAAGGGCCCGUCCUGAAAAUAGAGCCUCCGGCCUGUGGGAGCCUCGGACUAAAUCAUGUUUAGUCCGAGGCUCGUCCUGCUAAACAGCCCGUGGGAAAACCAGGGCGUACAUCUGCCCCCCAAGCUCCUGCUCGUGGUCUAUGACGUCAGAUAUGGGAGACCAUAGUAGGGGCUUUUAGACUUCCCCCACAACCCUUCGUAUUCCAUGCCUUUCGCAGGCGUCUGAUACGUGGAACGUCGUGGGUGGCGACGGUACACUCUACGAGAACCGCAUUAAAUGGCCUAGCCUACUAUCCAGCCGUCGUUUCACAUUUCGAGUGGAGGGUCUCCCAAGAGCCUUUUACACGUGAUCCUUCCCUUGUAUAAAAGGGGGUGGUCAUCCCACGCACGGGCCACCUUACCAUUCAAAACCUCUCAAAUUUCCUUCUUUUCUCUUUGACCUUCCGAAGAACGAAACCCUCAUUUCCAUUGCUCUCAUCCUCUCCGUUCACGAAGCUUAAGCGUACGAGUUCCUUCAAAGCCUUGGAGGCCACUGUACCAACGAAGCUCCUACCAGCGCAGCAACCUCGCUCACCAUCUAACCAUAUACUGUAAGUUCUUCUGACCCUGUUUACUUCGAAAGCAUGCCACUGUAGCUUAGGUAAAAAAUAUUACUGUAGCCACAUGCAGGGGUUUUCUGAACUGCGUGAAUACAGAGGGUGACAGCCCUUCUUAGGUUAGGGCAUGCUUGCCAUGGGACAUCGUUUUAGAGUGUGGGUUUCAUGGUGUUUCUUCAGGAACAGUUUCUGGGUAGGAUCUUUAGGAAUUUUGGGUGCAAAAACCGGGUAGCUUAGGGAAUACGCCUCAAAAGCGGUUUUGCCCCGCAUUGCUGGUUGAAACUUUCCCCCCAAGGCAAUUUUUUACUCUGAGCCCUCUGACGCACGAAUUCCGAGUAAUCUGGGAUCUGUUGAGGGCAUAGGCGCGUGUUCCUUGGAACGCGUGGCACCACUCUCCACGGGCUGGGCUUACCCCAGCUCGUGUACUUAAUAUUUGCUUCACUCUCCUGCUUGGGUCGCCUUUGCUAAAGUGUUUUCUUUUGUUCUUAGGCGACCAGAUGGCUCCAAAGAGAAAUCUGCCACAGAAGAACGUGGGAAGUUCGUCUUCCCAGCAGGAUAAAGGAAAAGCGGUGGUGUCCAGCUCACCAAUUCCUCACUUUGGGCCGGCGGUGGAGAAGCAAGCCGAGGUGGCCCCUGACGCGUUUUUCGAGGCGGAGAGAAUCGUCUCGAAGAUAACCGACCAGGCAAAGAUCACCAAAAUCUUCCUCAACCACAACAUUCCCCUGGGGAUGGCCUCCGUGAUCGCCCGACCUGCUGCGGAUGGGGAGCGGAGCUGCACGCCGCUCGACGAGUCGUUCGCGGCCUGGAGCGGUGAACACUUCAAGGCAGGGGCCUUCCUCCCCCUGGACCAGUAUUUUGCUGACUUUUUGAACUUCGUGGGGUUGGCCCCAUUUCAGCUCCCCCUCAACUCAUACCGUCUUCUGGCGGGAUUGAGGUAUUUGUUCCAAAAGCAUGAGUGGGAGGUCCCCACUCCUGCUGAUAUUCUAUAUUUCUUUUGCCUCAAAGCCAGCCCGGACCAGCGGGGGCGAGGCGACGGGUUCUAUUAUUUAACCCGCUUCCCUAACACAGCAGCAGUCAUCGAGCUGCCGAGCCAUCCAAAUGACUUCAAGGACCAGUUUUUCAUGUCAACUAGGUUCCGCAAUUGCGAACAUCACUACUUCAACCGUCCUCGUAAGUGAUCCUUGAUUUAGUUCGCCUUUUAAAGGUUAUCUUAUUUUAGCUCCUCCCUUAUUCCACUUCUGACUUCAACCAACCUUGCAGCCAUCUACGCGAGGACCGAAAAGUCUGCGACCUUCGGGGGUCAAUACGAUACACUGGCGAACUUGCCCCCCAGUGAGAAAGACUACCGCGUGCUCGUGACGGACGAGACGAUGGUAUUCUGCAAGCUGAUUUUCCCAAAUCAGACUUUGAAUUUGAAAAGGCCCCGGGGGCCUCCCCCAGCUCGCGACAAUAGACCGAUCGUUGCGGAGGAGGUCGCAGACGACGAAGGCGAGGAGGAGGGUGAAGAAGUUCCUCUCGUGAGGAACAGGAAGAGGACCUUGGAGGUCGCCCAGGGUAUGGGCGAGGAGAGGGUCCGAUCUAGAGCAGCCGCGGGUCCCUCCGGCCAAGGUAAUCCUUACUUGUUUAAGAAUGUAGAUAGGGCCACUGCAGACCCCCGGCUGGUUAGGUUCAACCCUAGGCAGCUCGUCCAUCGUCACCCAAGGAAUCCGGACCUAGACACGCUCUUGCUCCAUUGCGUUGACCAGCUCGUGCUGGACAACCAAGAGAGUCGGCCUAAGGGUACCGUAGUAGUAGAUAACACCCUAGCCUUUAGGUCGGUCCUUUUUUAGGAGUAUGGGACCAACUUACGCACGUGGCCAGCGCUCCAGAGGGGCAUCUAUGCUCCGGGGAUUAGGCAGUACGUAGGAGAGUCCAGCCCCGAGUCAGAGUCGGACCUAGAACCUGCGACAGUUCGCGAGAUAAUCGUCUUAGGCUCCUCCAGCUCGGGGGGUAGGGCUUCCUUAGUAUUCGCUUACUUAUUGCCUUUAAACCUUUUGUCUCUUUCUGCAUGAUUGCUACCUUGUAAUAACCAUGUUUUUGUUCUUAGCAGAAGAGAUGUCUCAGCCCGAAGGUAGUCUACGGGGCGUGGUGUUCGGCGGGAACCCCCCAGCGGGGCCGAGGCUAAAAAGGCUCCGGGAGUCCAAGAGCUCGGCAGGAACCUCCACCAAAUCCCCGGCUAAGGAGAAGGAGAAAGCCCCUCCAUCCCAGGGCGCGGGGGCGAUCCUUCCUGUCGCCAGGACAGGACCCAUGCCCCCGCCACCCCAACGAUCUCCACUAGCCGUCCAGGACGGGGUAAGGGAGAUCGGGAAUCCGGCCACAGCAGUCCCGGAUGUGCGCAUCCCGGUCGAUCAUCAGGACCUGGAGAGGAUGCCGGAAGCAUUCCGGGGAACGGUAUAUGAGUCGGCGAGCUAUGCCGUCAGCCAUUUCUACAAGCUCAAGGAGAGGGAGCUCCGGGCAAUUGAAUCAACGAGCCCGAUCCGAGUUAUGGAAUCUUCAAUGGACAUGACCCUAACGGGUAUUGCUGCCGUGUACAGAGGCAUUGCCAGGACCAAGGCCCAACUCGAGGGUAUGGAGGCUGAUCGCCAGACCGCGCUUCAGGAGGCCCAGGAGGCAAAAGACGCGCUGGCGGCCUCCAAAGCCGAACUGAAGAAAAUCCGCUCCAAGAACCAAGAGCUUAAAAACUCCCUAACCGCGUCGCGGACGGAUCUCGAGGCAGCGAAGACCGAGGCCCAGGCCGCACAGGCCGCCCUGGAAGCCGAGCGGGUCGUUUCGGAGCAGUCCUUACAAGACCUGUUCUACAACUGUUGGUCCCACAAUCCGGACGCGGAUUUUUCUUUCAUGCCCCCGGAUCUCUGGGCGUUUUUGUUGCCGAAGCUCCAAGCCCGCCUAAAUAAGGAGGCUCCUCCCUCGGAGACUGGAGAGGCCUUUGCCGCGGCGGGGCAGGACGAUACCGCGACCUCCAGAGGGCCAACUGAUGGGGCUUAGGAUACUUCUUUGGGUCUUUUGUACUCUACUUUAUAUUGUAAUAAAUUUUUUGAUGAGGUACCUCCACCUCGAGACAAUUUGCUCAGCUAGGUUGACAUAUAUAUAUUUUUAUGCAUUUGGUUACAACUCAUCUUUAUUUUUAUGAACUUAGUUCGGGUUAACCGUAAUCUAUAUCCCGGGCUUUUUAGAGAAGAGCCACGAUCUAUAAAUUUUAGUUAACUUCUAAUUUUUCUGACCUGGUUAAAACCAGGAACUUUUU